GUUAACAUUUUUAUUGUUUUAACAACGUGCUUGCCGUUAAAACUCAACCAUGCCGCCUUUUCUUCCUCGUGGUUCUGGUGUCCGUGGUGGAUUAAAUGGGAUACGUGGUCGUGGCCGAGGCCGUAUUGACAUUCAUUUACGUCGGUUGGGGCCUUUAGCCGACCAUAUCCGUCAUUCGAUUAUGGGGAAUCAUGUUGAAAAUGGCCAAGAUCCUGAGUCAGUCCAAAAUCAAAACGGACAAAGACAAGGCCGUAAUGGUAUCCAUCGCAGAAUAAUGUUGCGGUAUAUUGCACGAGUACGUGAAAAUGGCCAAGACCGUGUCGAGCUUCAUUUAACUUCAUUGAGGCCUUUGGAUAUUGCAUUUGACGAAGCCCCAAAUGGAGAUUCGGGUCAAGCUGAUCAAUUGGAAACCUCACAAUCGGAGCAUGUUUCCGUUCCGGAUCGUAUGCCUCAUCCUGGAGCUACCCCCGACGAAAGUGUGGUCCCACAACCGGAUCCAUUGGCUCUACCAGAAGUUCCGCGGGAGGCCUCAUCAUCAGAUGAUUUCUCAUCAUAUUCGGAUGAUUCCUCAUCAUCUUCGGACGAUUCCUCCUCCUCAAAUUCUUCGGAUGAUAAUAACUAGGUUUAUCCUCCGAAGUGACCAUCCUGGAUCUCAUCAAUCUCAUUCUCAUCCAUUCAUCAUGUUCUUCACCAUCAUUCGAGUUUACAUCAGUCGAUACCACAGGAUCUAAGGAUGACGAAAUUAAACGCAUGAUUCAUAACAAUUUUUGAAUUCACACGUAUGUUCUCCAGUUUGAUUUGCAUUAUAAAAUAUCCUUUUAUAAUAAAGUUUCGAACUGUAAGAGGUA